AUGGCCAGCGCUACAUUUGCUACCAAGUUUGGCACAUUGAUCAAUCAUCAUCGGUCUGUUUUGGACAAUGGCGACACUGUUUUAGCAGAAAUCGAGCGAACAGCUGUUCUCCUCGAACAGACAAUGUAUGAUGCGGAUCAAGAACCUCAUACAGAUACUCGAGUGUGUUCCAAAGACUCGGGUGUGAUUGAAAUGGACGCUGCAUUCCAAAAAACACUCGAGAUAUAA